GGUCUCCUCUUCUUCUUUUGCCCUCCGGUGCUGCCAUGCCCUCUUCUGAAGAAGUAACCGCCAUUUCCCCCAGCAAGCGGGCCCGGCCUGCGGAGGAUGGCGGCUUUCGGCUCCGCUUUGUUCGACUAUCGGAGCACGCCAUGGCCCCGACCCGGGGGUCCGCGCGGGCCGCAGGCUACGACCUGUACAGUGCCUAUGAUUAUAUAGUACCACCUAUGGAGAAAGCCCUUGUGAAAACAGACAUUCAGAUAGCUCUUCCUUCUGGGUGCUAUGGAAGAAUAGCUCCACGUUCUGGCCUGGCUGCAAAAUACUUCAUAGAUGUAGGAGCUGGUGUCAUAGAUGAAGAUUAUAGAGGAAAUAUUGGUGUUGUGUUGUUUAAUUUUGGUAAAGAGAAGUUUGAAGUAAAAAAAGGUGAUCGAAUAGCACAGCUCAUUUGUGAACGGAUUUUUUAUCCAGAUAUAGAAGAAGUUCAAGUGUUGAAUGACACUGAAAGGGGUUCAGGAGGUUUUGGUUCUACUGUAAAGAAUUAAAAUAUAGGUCAAAUAUAGAAAAAUGUUACUUUCUCUUAAAAA